GGGGGGGCGCUCUUGUUUCCGAUUGGCUGCUACCGGAGCUCGCUGAUUGGCGGGAGGAGGACGGCGGCGCGCCGAUUGGCUGGGCCCGGAGGUGAGGCUGUGGGGUGAUGCCGGCCGCCCCGCCCAGCGCCGGGACACAGACAAAGGCUGCCCAAAGGCUGCCCGGAGGCUGCCCGGGCUCCCCCCGCGCCCCCGGGCUGAGGCGACGCGGGAUGGCCGCGGCUCUUGGCGCGCUGCUGGGAGGUGGCAACGCGAGGCCGGCCGGGCGCCCACAGACCCCGCGCCCUCCCCGCCCGGCCGCCCGCUCCAACUGGCGCUGGGGCACGCGGCGCGCGGAGGGGCGGAGUCGAUGUCACGCUCGCCGCGCGCCCGGCAGCCAAUGGGCGGGCCGGGAGAACGCGGGCAGCACGCGGGGCCCGCGUGUCCCGCGGCUCGGGCUGUCAAUCACCCGCCAGUCUGUCAGUCGCCCCGCCCCGCCCGCGGCUCCCCCGCCCGGCGCUGUGAGAGCGGGCCCGCAGCGCCGCUCGGUCACGGUGCCCCUCACCGCCGCCCGUGCCCGGGCCGGCACCGGGGAGCGUUCUGCGGCCGCCGCUGCCUUGUGCCAGGGUUGGGGUGCGAGGGAGUCGCCGCCGCACCGGAACGGCUCCCCUGCGGCCUCAGCUCCGCAGUUUCUGCCGCCAGCGCCGAGCCCGCGCGGCCCGGCCCCCUCGGGAUGCCCGCGGUGCGGGCUGCGCUCCCGGCGCCCUCCCCCGGUGGGGGGAGAGAGGCGGAGCCGGCGUGGCCGCCGCCCGCCGCCUUUAUCUGGCGUGGCGGCGCGGGGGGUGGCACUGGGGAACACCUUGUUGUAAGAUACGCGCUAUAAAUACGGCGCCGGGGAUGGGAGUGCGGCCACGGGCGGCGGGGAGCAGCUUCGAGCUACGGUGGGUGCCUUCCCCGCGGCACGGCGGCUGGGGACCGCUUGAAUUUUAAUUACCGGGGCGGUGCGGGGCCGCCAUCCACUCGGCCGACCCCCACACCCGGUUCCCGGGAGGAGGUGUGGGGGGAGUUCUGCGUUUUGGCUAGUUUUGUGCGGAGGGGAGCGGCGGCAGCGAGCCCCGGCGGCUGCAGCAGGGCAGGCGGAGGGACUCUGAUCGCGAGCAGCCGCCGAGCGCAGCCCGCGACGCAGGGCGGCCGGUGCCGCUAGCGCGGAGGAGGAGGAGGAGGAGGAAGAGGUCGCCGCCGGAGGAGCCCCGCGGUCCGGUCCGAGCCGCGUCGCUGAGCACGUCUGCCCGGCCGCCAGCAUGAUGCAGAUCUGCGACUCGUACAGCCAGAAGUACUCCCUCUUCAACGCCAUGAACCGCUUCAUCGGCGCCGUCAACAACAUGGACCAGACGGUGAUGGUGCCGAGCCUGCUGCGCGACGUGCCGCUGCUGCUGGAGGAGCUGGACGCGGCGGGCGCCGUGUGCCCGCCCCGGGAUGCUGCCCUGCCGCCCGGCGACCCCGGCGCCUACUUCUCCCGCAGGGACAUGUACAGCCACUACAUGCUGCUCAAGUCCAUCCGCAACGACAUCGAGUGGGGCGUGGUGCAGCCGCCGGCGGGCGAGGAGGCCGCCCGCAAGAAGGACAAGCUGGGCGGCGGGCCCGCCGAGGAGGGCGAGGGGGAGGAGGACCUGGAGCAGCAGUUCCAUUACCACCUCAGCGGACUCCACUCGGUCCUCUCCAAGCUCACCCGCAAGGCCAACGUCCUCACCAACAGAUACAAGCAGGAGAUCGGCGUCAGCAGCUGGGGGCAGUGAGCGCCGGGGGGAGCGGGGAAGGGGCUCCGACCCGGCGGGAGCGGCGCGUCCCCGCCCGGCGCCGCCGCUGCCGCGGUGGCCGAGGGCAGCGCCCCGGGCCGGGCUUCCCUGCGCGCUCCCGAGACUGCAGCAGGUUUUCUAUCAACGCACAAGAGAGAGAAAGAAAUGUAAAUUAAUCAAUACUAGUUUAUUAAUUAUUUUGACCCCCUCCGUGUUUUUUUCGUUGUACGGUCCGGGGCGAGCAGUCGCUGUGCCCGCCCCGGCAGGGAGGCUGAGCCCGUGUGGGUACGAGGUGGUGGCAUUGCUGGCUGAUAAGGAGGCUCCACUCAAGCCGAUGAACAUAACGAAACUGGCACAAAAUUGCUUCUGUCACCUCGGAGGGAACCCAGUGAGCUAAGGAACAUCCCUCUGUUGUGGGAGAGAUGGCGGGUCCCAUGUUGUACAUGUACUGGAGUUUAUUUAAAACUUUUUUACUCAGAUGUAGAGUAUAUUCUAAAAUAAAUGCAAAUGUAUUAACUAAGAGUGACCUAAACUUUUGGUAUGAUUUAUCUUUCUUUAAUUAAAUGAUAUUUUUAACAUCU